AUGGAGCAUCAGAUAUUGCUUGAUCUAAGAUCAGCAGCAGAGAGUGGACUUGUAACUGAAAUAUUUAGUCAAAAUAGUCCUGUUAGUUAUGAGAACUUUAAUCUGGAAACUGCAGUAAUUAAUAAUGCCAUUGAAGGAGGAUUGAUAACUAGUCACGACAAUCACUUAUGCACUGUAAACGUGGGAGAGACUUUGAUAGAUCACUUCAAGUAUCCGCAUACCACUGAAAAUCAAAAUACAAUAGUAAACGUUGAAGUACAUCCGCAUGGAAACAACAGCUGUGAUGAUGAUCUUGAAAAAUAUAAGGAAUUCAAUCUUCCAGAAGCUGAAUGUAUGCAUCCACCUUAUCUGCCUUCAGAUGGUGUCCGCUUUCUCUCUUCUAUAGCGAUGCAGCAUAAAAAUUACAGUGUUCCAACUUCAAGCAUUUUGUCUUCAGAAGAAACAGUCAAUCAAGAUGUCAGAAUGAUACCAGUGUUCAGACCAUACAUGCCUCCAGUUGCAGGUGAGAAUAAUUGUAUUUGUUAUGAUCAAUUUCAAGGAACCCAGACCAGUACUAUGCAGUUACAAAACUUGGCCAUGUGCUCAAAUGAAUCUUCCAGUGAUAUUUGUGGCUUACCUCAGACUAGUGCUUCUGUCUAUGAUGAAAUAGUUAUCUGCCAGUUGGAAGAAGGUACUCAAGUGUUCUGUAUAAACUGUUGUGGCACACAAGAACUAAAACCAGUUCCCCUAAUCCCUGACUAUCACGAUCAGCACAAUUACGUUCAAUCAGGUGGGAAGGAAGUGAGUAUAGAUGUAAAUGUUGCCUUUUCAGGUGUGGACAUCCCUGUAACAGGUGUACUGGGGCAAUUUUUGCCUGUUCCAGGUGAACUGGUUCCAAAUGAACAAGAGUUGGCAAAUGGACCCUUACAACUAGUUGCUAGCACUGCCUCAUUCCAUCUAGAAUCAGAUCUGCACGGGCCAGUGAAAACAACCUCAGAGGGAUCACUUUUAAAUAAGAGGCAGAUGCAACCCCAGUGUGAAAGGUACUGUGAUUGCUUUGCCAAUGGUGAUUUUUGCAACGACUGCAUCUGCAAUAAUUGUUACAACAAUCAGCUUCAUGAAACUGAGCGAUUUAAAAAAAAAAAGGUCUGUCUUAAUAGAAACCCAGAAGCUUUCUUACCAACGAUUGGGAAAAGGAAACUAGGAGAAAUUAAACCUCACCGUAACAAAGGAUGUAAUUGCAAGUUCUCAGGAUGCCUCAGGAAUUAUUGUGAGUGCUUUGAGGCUAAAAUUAUGUGUUCCUCUGUUUGCAAAUGCAUUGGUUGCAAAAAUUAUGAAGAAAGUCCAGAUGAAAAAAAACAGUUGAAUGUGCUAAACUACAUGGACAUUGAAAAUAAUGAAGGAAAUAGCCCCGUUUUAACAUCAACAUUCAAAACCUUACCAAAAUUGAGGAAAGACAGGAAACCAGCUGUACGUGUAUCUUGGGAAGAAGUGAAAGUAAUAUGUACUUGUCUCCUGAUGCAAGCUGAAGAGGCAGAAAAAAGAGAUUACUCUGACUGUCUAGCUGAGCGGAUGAUCAUGGAGGAAUUUGGGAAAUGUUUAUGCCAGGUCCUACAUGCAUAAUUAAAAUCUAAAGGACUGAAAGUUGAAUAA